AUGGCAUGCUUCCGAACCCUGGCUGAGACGCUCGUCGGAGAUUGGGUCGAGCUCAAGCUCAUCCGCAGCAUCAAGUUGUGUACCCUUGUGUACCAGUGUCGACCCCCUCACCCCCUUCCCGCGUCGGGCCCCGCGAUUGAGAAGCGCGCCAGCUGCACCCUUCCCGAUGAUGGCGACCUUCAUUACGUCCCUGGCGCCCAGAACGCCGGGUUUGCCAUGAGUCCCGAUCAGCCAUGCACUGCUGGCAUGUAUUGCCCGAUUGCCUGCAAGCCUGGCAAGAACGGUGGCUUGUAUUGUGACUCCAACGGACAGGCCAAGAAGCCUUUUGGCGAUUCGCCUUACUGUGUUGAUGGUACUGGUUCUAUCAACGCAGUCAACGAGGCCGGGCCCAAGGUUUCUUUCUGCCAGACGGUUCUUCCUGGCAACGAAGCCAUGUUGAUUCCGACCGUCGUUGAAGGUUCCUCAGUUUUGGCCGUGCCCGGCACGAGCUACUGGGCCUCUACUGCUGCUCACUACUACAUUAACCCUCCUGGCGUUGGCGAAGAGGGUUGUAUCUGGGGUGACAACAGCAAGCCCGUUGGAAACUGGGCCCCUUACGUCGCCGGUGCCAACACCGACAAGAACGGCCAGACGUUUGUCAAGCUUGGAUUCAACCCCAUUUUCGAGUUCGAGGGCGCCGGUCUGGAGAAGAACCCACUUACUUUCGGCGUAAGGAUUGAAUGCCCUGAUGGUGGCUGCAACGGCCUUCCUUGCGAACUUAACCCGGCCAAGAAGAGGCUUGGUGAAGUUGUCAGCGACCUCGCCGCGGUUGGUGCCGGCGGCAGCUCCUUCUGUGUCGUCACCGUCCCGGCCGGUCGCAAGGCCAACAUUGUCGUCUUUAACACCGACGGCUCGACUGGCAACAACAACAACAGCGAAGAUCCUUCAAGCAGUGAGGCAAGCGAGCAGCCCACUUCCAGCCCCGCCGCUGACGAGCCUGGGUCUACUUCUGUAGGGGAGCCCGAAACGACGUCGAGCGACAAGUCUUCUAGCCGUGCUCGCCCCACCGUCGGACCGGGUAUCUUCCGUGAGACCGAUGGCGCGAACAGCAACUCGUCUUCUACCAAGCCCACUGGCGACUCGGCCCCCACGAGUUCUGAUUCAGCCCCGACCGAGACCCAGUCCAACGAGAACGAGGCGCACGGCCUUCAGCAAGGCAGCGCCGCCGUGGUCGGCCUUGUUGUUGCCCUUGCGGCGGCAGCCGUCUUGUAUUAA